CCAUGGACUGAGCCGAUGCACGCCAUGGAGUCCCGGGUGUUACUGAGAACGUUCUGCGUGAUCCUCGGGCUCGGAGCCGUUUGGGGACUUGGUGUGGACCCGUCCCUACAGAUUGACGUCUUAACAGAGUUAGAACUUGGGGAGUCCACGGCCGGAGUGCGCCAGGUCCCGGGACUGCAUAAUGGGACGAAAGCCUUCCUCUUCCAAGAUUCCCCCAGAAGCAUAAAAGCAUCCACUACUACAGCUGAGAGGUUUCUCCAGAAGCUGAGAAAUAAGCACGAGUUCACAAUUUUAGUGACCCUGAAGCAGAUCCACUUGAAUUCGGGAGUUAUUCUCUCCAUCCACCACCUGGAUCACAGGUAUCUGGAACUGGAAAGCAGUGGCCAUCGGAAUGAGAUCAGACUGCAUUACCGCUCCGGCACUCACCGUCCUCACACAGAAGUCUUUCCUUAUAUUUUGGCUGAUGCCAAGUGGCACAAGCUCUCCUUAGCCAUCAGUGCCUCCCAUUUAAUUUUACACAUCGACUGCAAUAAAAUCUAUGAACGAGUGGUGGAAAUGCCUUCUACAGACUUGCCUCUGGGCACUACGUUUUGGUUGGGACAGCGAAAUAAUGCACAUGGAUAUUUUAAGGGAAUAAUGCAAGAUGUGCAAUUACUUGUUAUGCCCCAGGGGUUCAUCGCUCAGUGCCCGGAUCUUAACCGAACCUGUCCAACAUGCAAUGACUUCCAUGGACUUGUACAGAAAAUCAUGGAGCUGCAGGAUAUUUUAUCCAAGACAUCUGCCAAGUUGUCUAGAGCUGAGCAACGAAUGAACAGGCUGGACCAGUGCUAUUGUGAGCGGACAUGCACCAUGAAGGGAAACACCUACCGAGAGUUUGAGUCCUGGACAGAUGGCUGUAAGAACUGCACAUGCCUGAAUGGGACCAUCCAGUGUGAGACCCUGGUCUGCCCUGCUCCUGACUGCCCUCCUAAAUCGGCUCCAGCAUACGUGGAUGGCAAGUGCUGCAAGGAAUGCAAAUCAACUUGCCAGUUCCAAGGACGGAGCUACUUUGAGGGAGAACGGAACACAGUCUACUCAUCCUCUGGAAUGUGUGUCCUGUAUGAAUGCAAGGAUCAGACCAUGAAGCUUGUAGAGAAUAUGGGCUGCCCAGCUUUGGAUUGCCCUGAAUCUCAUCAGAUAGUCUUGUCUCACAGCUGCUGCAAAGUGUGUAAAGGUUAUGACUUUUGUUCAGAGAAGCAUACCUGUAUGGAGAACUCUGUCUGCAGGAACCUGAAUGACAGGGCUGUGUGCAGCUGCAGGGAUGGGUUCAGGGCUCUUCGGGAGGACAAUGCCUACUGUGAAGACAUUGAUGAGUGUGCGGAAGGGCGCCACUACUGCCGCGAGAACACCAUGUGUGUGAACACACCUGGUUCUUUCAUGUGCAUCUGCAAAACUGGCUACAUCCGGAUCGAUGACUACUCAUGUACAGGGACUUACCUUCCACCUCUGGUGUCUGCCAUGGGCAGUAGCAAUAACCUGUAUGUUAUGGGAGCCUCUUGGACAAGCCUCACCAACAACUCAAAAGACACUCUUCUCCUGUCUGGUGUUGGGGUUUUUGUUAGGUGGUCUUCGGCACUUGGAGGGGGCAUUGGUAAUGACUUUUUUCAGAGUGCCAUCAUCUCUGAAGAUCCAGUGCCAUCCAUUCCAAGAAAGAAAUAG